AUGAAUUCUACAGAACGUUCCGAUGAGAUCAAUAAUUAUGGUAUAUAUCCAACAGCAUCAUCAAACAUGGAUGAUUUAUCAAUGUCUAUGGAGCAUCAAAUGCUAUAUACAACAAAUGAAGAAUAUUCAUCUUCUAUCUCGUCCAAAAGUAGCCAUGAAAAUAACACUAGGAAAGAUUCUUCGUCAGAAAAUUCAAAACAUAGGAUGAUACAUAUGCCAUUUACAUUAAAAGAAUCUUCGUUCGAAAGUGCAAGUCUGAAAUAUAUAGACGAUCAUCGUACACGAUCAAAAGCGCGUGCUUUGUUUCAAAUGUAUGAUAACGUUGAAGAACAUGAAAUAGAUCAAAUCGCAUUUGUAGAAGCGGUCAAUUCUUAUUUAGGAGCAGAAAUUUACAGUGCUGAUGUAUCACAACCGAUUAAAAUCUAUCAUUAUGAUUCGGAUCCAUUAGAAUUUGCUAGCCAAAGUAAAUUUCUUAUAUUACAUUAG